AUGAUCUCAGUCUGGCUUGGGAUACCAUCAGGAGAACAUAAGAGUCUAGCGGGAUCACUUAGGAAAAUUGUUGCGGAGUCUGUACGGAUGGGCUUCGGCGAUGCUGGGAUCGAAAUCGGGGUUCUAGAAGCAUGCCAAAGAAUGCGCUGGCUUUCCAGGGGUAAUGCUGUGAAUCGAGUGUUUGAACUUCGGGGAGAGCUUAAGUCAUUCCUGGAAGUGCAUGGGAAGGAUGAUCUUUUAAGUCACUUCAAUAAGGUGCUGUGGGAGCCACGCCUUGCAUGCCUAGCAGAUAUAUUUGAGCAGCUAAACAGGCUAAAUCUCAAGCUCCAAGAUCAUCUGCUUGACCCAUCACUGAAAACUGAUAUCACUCAGCACCUGAAAUCUUUGGAAAACGAGUUCAAAAGGUACUCCCCAGAAUUCGAGGAGGAAGAAGGAAAAUUGUUAAGAAAUCCUUUCUCUGGCACUCUUGAUAUUGCUACCAUUCCCAAUUAUGUUCAAGACAAAUUUCUUGAUCUCAAGAACGAUUUUGCUGCCAAAGACCUCUAUCAAGAAAAUUGCUGA